CCUACCAUGCAAGUCAUGGCGACCUCCCCUCUCCUCACACUCAUCUCACUCGCUCUCCUACUAGCCACGUUUCCACCAGCCAUGUCUCUCGUGCCGACCCUGGAAGAGCAGGCAGGAGCCCUCCUCGCCUGGAUAUCCACACUCCAAAGCCACCCAGCCCAGCUGCAAACCUGGGGAAGGGGAAACAACGGUACAUGGCCAUGCAGCUGGCAUGACAUCAUGUGCAGCAAGCAUCCGGGGAAGGGGAAACAAUGGUACAUGGCCAUGCAGCUGGCACGGAAUCGAGUGCAGCAAGCAUCUGGGGAAGGUGAUCACCGAGAUCUCUCUGCCGGGGCUGCGGCUGAGGGGGGACCUCGGCACCCUCAACUUCACGGCGCUGCGUACUCUUACGAGUAUCCACCUCUUCAACAAUCAGAUAAGGGGCUCCCUCCCACCCGCUUUAGCAUCACCCUUGCCUAACCUGCGGCACCUAAUGCUCCAGGAGAAUGAACUUUCCGGUGAAAUACCAUGGCAAAUAAAACACCUAGAGAGUCUAGUGGGGCUUGACUUGUCAGCCAAUCACUUAUCUGGUCCCAUCCCCACUGAACUAGGCUACCUACAGAAACUAAUUAGUGUAGAUUUAACGAGCAACAACCUCACAGGCCAUAUUCCAAGAAGUUUAGGGAAGCUCACUAAACUCACUCUCUUGUACCUUGGUGAUAACAAACUCUCUGGAUAUAUUCCUCAAGAACUAGGUCAUCUCUUGAAUUUGCAAGAGUUGUCUCUUAGGCAAAACAACCUCACCAGUUUCAUCCCUGAUACUUUUGGGGGUUUGAUUAACCUCACCGCCUUGUACCUAUGGGGUAACCAACUUUCCGGGCAUAUUCCUCCAGAAUUAGGGCACCUCGUAAGUCUGAAAAUAUUAGAUCUUAACUUCAACAAACUCAAGGGUUCCAUCCUCGAUACCUUCGGGUGUCUCAUUAACCUCACUGUUCUGUAUCUAUGGGAUAAUCAACUUUCCCGUCAAGUCCCUCGAGAACUAGGUUACCUACUGAAUCUUGAAGAUUUGGAUCUUAACAAGAACCAACUCAUGGGAUCCAUUCCCCCUACAUUUGGGAAUUUGACUAAGCUCACGACAUUGUACCUUUACCGUAAUCAAUUCUCAGGGUAUCUUCCUCGAGAACUAGGUUACUUGGUGAAUCUACAAAUGUUGGAUCUUAGCACGAACAAACUCAUGGGUUCCAUUCACGAUUCCUUUGGUGGUUUGAUUAGCCUCAUUGGCAUGUAUCUAUGGGAUAACCAACUUUCCUGGAAAGUUCCUCCAGAACUAGGUUACCUGGUGAAUCUGGAAGAUUUGGAACUUAACAAGAACCAACUUUCUGGGUGUAUUCCUCGAGAACUAGGUAAACUUGCCAAUUUAAAAGCAUUGAAUCUUGGCAAAAACAACCUCGUAGGUUCCAUCCCCAACUUCUUUGGAAAUUCAAGUAAGCUCACUACCAUGUUCCUUGCUGAUAAUCAGUUCUCUGGAUACCUUCCACAAGAAAUAGGUUUCCUGGUGAAUUUACAACGGUUGGAUGUUAGCACAAACAAAUUGAUAGGUUCUAUCCCCGAUAUCUUUGGAAAUUUGACAAAGCUCACCACCUUGCAACUCAGUUACAAUCAAUUAUUUGGACAAGCUCCUUGAGAAAUUGGCACCUUAAUGGAUCUUGAGCUACUGCAGUUGGAUGGUAACAAUAUAUCUGGUCACUUGCCACCUGAGUUGUGCGCUGGAGGCUGGCUGAAGAAUUUAACUGCAUCUGGUAACAACCUGAAUGGACAACUACCGUCAAGUUUGAUACACUGCAGAAGCCUAGUCAGAGUUUGUCUGGAAAGGAAUCAAAUAGAGGGAUAUAUCUCUGCUUUAGGAGUUCACCCAAAUCUUGUGUAUAUGGAUAUGAUCUCAAAUAAACUGUUUGGCCAAUUAUCGUAUACCUGGGGGCAAUGUCGUAAUCUUUUGAUGCUACGCAUCUCAAACAACAACCUUACAGGGAGGAUACCCGCAAGUAUGGGGAGACUAUCUCAGAUAGGGCUUCUUGACCUUUCAUCAGACAAGCUUGAAGGAAAUAUUCAUUGUUGGUAAUGGUACUUCUACGAGAGUGAAAUCAGCCUUCUUCCAAAGGACAAAAUUCAUUGUUGGUAAUGGUACUUCUACGAGAUUCUGAGAGGAUACGUGGUUAGGGGAGACGCCUCUAGCUCUCCAAAUUCUUCUCUCUAUAAUAUUGUUCAGCGUAGAGAUGCUUACGUUGCAAUAGUAUUACAGUCCAACCAUCUAAAUAUUCAAUUCAGGAGGACGUUAGCGGGAAACCGUUGGGAAGCCUGGCUCCAUCUUGUGAGAAGAUUAAUGGAUGUUCACCUCUCUCAACAGCCAGACCAGUUGCACUGGAAACUAACUCAGAACGGAGUGUUUUCAGUGAAAUCCAUGUAUUUGGAUAUUAUCAAUUCUGGCACUAUUCACCGUUCUAUGCAUAUUUGGAAAGUCAAAGUGCCCUUAAAAAUUAAAGUGUUUAUGUGGUUUGUCCACAAGCAAGUUAUUCUAACUAAGGACAAUUUGACAAACCGUAACUGGACAUGAUCGUGAAGAUGUAGUUUUUGCGAACAUGAUGAAUCUGUCAAACACCUCUUUCUUGAUUGGCCAAUGGUGAAAAUUUUAUGGCGGUCUGUUCACAUAGCGUUUAACAUUACUCCUCCCAAUACCAUCCACACGUUAUUCGGGACAUGGCUGGAUGGAGUUGAGUUAGAAACCGCGAAACAUAUUCGUAUAGGAGUAUGUGCUUUAUUAUGGGCUAUAUGGAACUGCAGGAACGAUUUGGUUUUUAACAGAACAACACAUAUUCAUUUCUUGCAGGUUAUUUUUCGGGCCACUACACUAAUCCGUAUGUGGUCGCUACUCACUCCGACGGAUGCCAGGGAGCGUAUGGUUACUGGGUCUAUCUAUUGGGAGACGGUAGCACAAGCUAUCUUCAACCGUUUUGGAUGGCGGUCAUGUAAUAGGAUAGGUGUUUAGUUUCCUAUCUAUCUUUUUUCCGCCGGUUGUGGCUAUCUCGUUUUCAUGCUUUUGCUCUUUGUGAGCCUUUUUGUUAUUUGAGACUUUGAGACUUUGUUGAAUAUUUUGCUUAUUAAUAAGAUGGCCUCAUGCAUCACUCCGAUGCAGAUGCCGGGGGAUAACCUCCUUU